UUGCUGAGUGAUGAUGUCUUCUCGCGAUAUUUGCGCUUUUCCAGCGCCGUGCGCGGUGGGUCUGUGUUGGCGCUAGCUCAGAGGCUAGCGGGGCUUCAGCGGAGCGGGAACCCGGCAGAGGACGCAUCAUGGGCGUGUCGAGGCACAGCCAGGCCGCGGAGCAUCAGGCAACGAGCCCGAGCCAGACUGACGUCAACAGGAAGCUGAAGUACAUCAGCUUGGCGGUGUUGGUGGUCCAGAAUGCAUCGCUCAUCCUCAGCAUCCGAUAUGUCCGCACGCUGCCGGGCGACCGCUUUUUCGCAACAUCGGCUGUUAUCAUGGCUGAGAUUCUCAAACUGAUGACGUGUCUGCUCAUCAUCCUGCUUCAGAAAAGAUUGAAGGUGAAGGACACCUUCUUGUUCUUGCUGGACUCCGUCGUGUUUCAGUACAAAGACACGAUGAAGCUCGCCGUUCCUUCGCUCAUCUACACGCUGCAGAAUAACCUUCAGUACGUCGCCAUCUCCAACCUUCCUGCUGCGUCCUUCCAGGUGACGUACCAACUGAAGAUCCUGACCACGGCUCUUUUCAGUGUAUUGAUGUUGAGGAAGUCUCUUUCAAGGGUUCAGUGGGUCUCUCUGCUGUUGCUGUUCGCCGGCGUCGCCAUCGUGCAGGUGCAGCAGGAAGGAAACAAGGAAGCAUCGGUUUCAGACACUGCCAACCAAAGCUACGUUGUAGGCCUUGUUGCUGUGGUGAUCAGCUGUCUUUCGUCCGGGUUUGCUGGUGUUUAUUUUGAGAAGAUCCUGAAGGGAAGCUCUGCCUCUGUGUGGCUGAGGAACGUCCAGCUGGGCAUCUUCGGCUCAAUCCUGGGCACGCUGGGAUUGUUGUGGAAUGAUGGAGCCACCGUGGCUGAGCGCGGCUUCCUGUUUGGCUACACCAGCAUGGUGUGGUGCGUCAUCUUCAACCAAGCCUUUGGCGGGCUGCUGGUGGCCGUGGUGGUGAAGUACGCCGACAACAUCCUGAAGGGCUUCGCCACCUCCAUCUCCAUCAUCGUGUCCACGGUGGCGUCUGUCUACCUCUUUGGCUUCUACGUAGACCUGCAUUUCACACUGGGGGCGGGGAUGGUGAUCGGCGCCGUCUACAUGUACAGUUUACCCAGACCUGGGGGCGGCAGCUCCUCCUCUUCCUCCUCAUCUUCAGUAUUGCCGGCGAAGGAUGUGGAGACGGAGGCCUUCCUGCCCAAACAUGGAGGAGAGGCUGCGCCUCCUUCUGCUGCUGUCAACAUCUCAGACUAACUCAAAGCACAAGAGGAGGAGCAGCUCCAUCUGCCACCACAUGGGAGAAACCCCUGACCACGUUCCGUCCUCUCUGCCUUAAAACACUUUUUUCUUUUAGAGUAACUUGAUGAAAAUCAGGAGAAGCCUUACGCUGAAUUAGACACGGUUUAUGUCCCUACUGGAGGAUGUGGAGGUUUGAUCUGAUGGUGUGCAGAAACCUUCUCCCUGUGCAACACAACACUGUCCUCCUCCUCCUCCUUCUCUAGCCUCAGCUGCAGCCUGGUGUGUGGAUUUGUGGCAUUAAAUUCAGAGCUGGUUGUUAAUUCACUCAUUUUUUUUUUUUUUCUGCAUCGUCUCAGCUGAAUGUCUUGCUGACAGAUGAGAAGGUCAAAAAUGUGUUAAAAGGUUCCUGUUUUUCUGGCAGAGGUCGGGCAUAUUUUUGGAGAGACGUGGCUGCACAGUGAAAAGGUUUCUGGUGGAAUGUGGCUGUUGGCGUGACGAUGGCGGUAACUGGUGCCUUUUGCUCUCAUCUGUACAGAAGCCAUACGAUCCCGUGGGCGGUGUUCAUGGAGUCUGACCACGGACUCAAACACGGAUCUUUGUACAGUCUGUAAACUCUGUGAAUGUACAUUUUAAAAAA